CAUAGUUUAGGUGGCUUGCUCAUAGACACUUCAUUAGGUUGCGAGUUAAUCACCCUUAAUAUGAUUGCGCAAACAAAAGAUUUUCGACUAAAUGGUGUUGAAUCUGUAGAGUAUCUACAUUCAGUCAGACCCGUAUUAUAAAACAUUCAAGAGCUCAAUUUAUUAGGAACUUAAUUCUUAUUUGAUUGGAAGCAAUUGCGAGCCAAAAAGCAAAGUCGCUCGGUAACCAUGGAAGACAAGGGAGUCCUCUCAACAGCURAAAACUUCAACUCCACGUCAAAUGUAACUAAAGAUGAAACUGCCAUGAAAAGCAUUGACGUCUUUCAAGUUUUCAUGCUCUCUAUAAUACUUGUUUCUAGUUUYAUUGGCAACGCUUUGGUGAUCUGCGUCAUGGUGUUAAGAAAUGAAAUAAGAACGAGAACAAACUUAUUUUUUGCCAAUUUAUCAGUAAUUGGAAUUGGCUGUAGUUUAACAAGUAUGGUGUUGAUGAUGAUAGGAUUAAUCCCUGAAAAUCCUUGGAUCUGGAAUCAUGAUUUGUGUAAAGUUAACUGCUUUUUGUGGCAACUGUGGCUUACAGAAGGCGUUUUUACAAUUAUUGCUUUAAGCGUCCAUAAAUACACAUCAGUUGUCAUGCCAUUAAUGAGGGUCUUCAACCGAAAAAGGACUUUAAUGCUUUUAGCUUUGACAUGGAUAUUAGCUUUUCUAGUUGCGGCUGUUCCACUUUUAGGCUGGAGAGAUGUUUCCUUYAAGUCAGAAAGCUCAGCUUGUUUUUACAACACCGGUGCAUCUAAAGUGCUUCAARUUUCUCAUGUUGUGUUUGUCACUUCCAUAGAUUACGUGCUGCCAAUUWUUGGUGUUUUCGUCGUAUAUUUGAAAGUGUUUCGUGAAAUCUCUAAACACAAAUCAAGGAUUAGGGAUACCAGGAUUAUAGAUGACAUGGGAGUUCGUGCAAAGCAGCGCCUGGUCACAACAAUAUGUAUUAUUUUAACUGCAUUCUUUUUAUGUUGGACUCCUUUCUGUGUAUACAUUGUCCUUACACUUUUUGUUCUUCAUCUUCCAAGUGAAUUGUUGAGUGCUGCUUUUUAYUGCGGUUUUCUAUUCAACGUGCUUUUCCCCACCAUGUUGGCCAUCAGAAAUCCACGAUUCARACGUGGUUUCCUCGAUGUUCUACUUUGCAAGUCRUUCAGGAAGGACAAACAGACUGAACUUGGGCUUUCGUUUAGUAGCAUGUUAUCCAAUACAAAUUCAGGUUUUGAGUUUUUAGAGGAAAGGCGAUGUUCAAUUUGGUACAUGUCUACACAGAAAAACCUGCUGAGUAUUGAACCAGUUCCUCCAGAAAGACGACUCAAGCUCAGAUGGAUUGAGACUAAUUUAUGAAUUAUCUCAAAAUUAAAAAACAAAAAUAGUGUGGUAAAGAAAUAAUUUUAUAAGUAGCUAAUGAGAUAUGCGAUGGUCUAAUGGUUCUCUGGUUCCAAAGAUUGGGAUAUUUCCAAGAGAAACCAAUUGUAGCUGUCAGUUUUACUAUGUUAGUCUUCAAGUCUGAAAAUACAAUAUACCAUACAUAUCCUAAAGGAUGGAUUGACGUUUUCUUUAGACAACAGUUAUACUGUCUAGCUAUGUCCCGGCUCCCUGUACCUUCUGAGAGAUGAGUCAACUUACAGCUGUACAGAUGUUAUAGACAUAAUGAUGCAAAAUAAUUACUUUUUGAAGAUAUUUAAUUUGAUUUUCUUGCUCCUGGCAAAAAUUGAGAAAUAAAUACU